AUGAAAAAAGAUGCUGGGACAGACCUUGUCGACGCCGGUAUGUUUCUGAGGGGAUGCAGGGAACCCAUGGAACAGUACCGCGAGUGCCUCAUGAAGAACCUGAAGGAUUGGCACGGAAGGCUUGAUACGAAACGCACCACGCUACUCGGCUGCACCUGGCCGAACAGCGUGGAAAUCUACCACCUGAAGGACUGCCCGUAACCAGGCACUAGAGUUUUCUGGCCAGUGACGUCGGAAAAUUCUUUCGAGUCUGUAUCCCAAUUUUGGGCUUCUUCAGUUUCAAGGUAUCCUACCCUCCGCGACAGAGACCAUACCUCGGGUCCACCUUCCUGCCUAAAGCCUUCCUCUCGACAAAGCAGCACCUGUUCAGAUGGAUAUCGAGAGAGCCGUGGCCACUCUUUUUUCUCUUUUUCUCCAUUCCAAACAUUUACUUGACGGAUUCCACCCCGGGAAAAAACGCACGAAAAAAACGUUUUUCGCCAAAAAAACGUGUUUCGAGGUUCCGCCGCGCCUUUUCGUACGAAUUUCUGCAGUCCAGCUCGUCUGUUUUGUUUUUUCCGUUUGGUGCGUUUAUUUUUCCGCGUUUGAAAAAAACAAACUUCAUGCGCGCACGCACACAUCUACCUUACCGCACCACACGUACUCCGAGAGCACAGCUAUCAAUCCCUGAGGCAACUGGUGUGGAACCGGCAUGCGUUGGGGUCAUUUCCGGUGAACGUUUGUGUUUGAAAGAACGUGCUGGGGGCGUGCGUGGUGGGCGUGGUUGGGACAGCUUUUCACCCGCACCAGUGACCGCGGUAGCCGCCUCUCCUACGGCGAACUUUGUAUGCAUCCCCGCCCCUUCAGGGAGGUAGCGAGUUAUCAGUCGCACCAGCGGUCAAGCGCUUGGAAGUCAGGGUUAGCACAGUUCACCCGGCGGCGUGGUUCGAGUUGGGAGCGUGGUUUGAGUUGGGAACGCAUUGGAGUUGCAGCAUUGCCACUACCGCCAGGACGAGGAAAAGCUCCUCCUCUCCAGCCACCGCCCACAGCAGAGCCGC